AUGACGAAUGAACUAAAGAACGAAGAAUUUGUUUUAUCUACUCGUCCUUCGGAUCAGAGUGAAAUCAAAUCAACUUGGAAAUUACAAUCAUGUCCAAUGCCAACUAUUACCAAUGAUAAUGAAUUUAUAAUAAAAACAUUAUUUGUGUCUGUCGAUCCUUAUCUAAGUAGUAGUUUAAAAAAAUCAGCAUUAGGAGGCGAUACAAACCCAAUUGGUUCUGCUCAGAUAUCAGGCUUGGUAGGUCGUGUUAUCGAAAGUAAAAACUCAAAUAUUCCAGUUGAUACAAUUGUUCAAGGAUAUUUGCCAUGGAGAAGAUAUAUUCUUGCUAAUGGCACAGAAGGACGACUUAGAGUUGUACAGAAAUCAACAGAGAAAAAUACAAUCUAUGAUAACAUUGGUUUUAGUACUGCAGUUGGAGUAUUAGGAAUGCCUUCACAAACAGCCUAUUAUGGAAUACUGUCAGUUGCCAACACUCAACCAUCCGAUGUGUUAGUAGUAAGUGGAGCUGCAGGAGCUGUUGGAACAAUUACAGGGCAAAUUGCAAAGAAAAUACGAGGUGCUCAGAAAGUCAUUGGAAUUGCUGGUGGACAAAAGAAAUGUGAUUAUCUUGUGAAUGAAUUAGGAUUUGAUGCGGCAAUUGAUUAUAAAGAAUAUAAUACAAAAGAAAAAAUGAUUAAUAGAUUAAAAGAACUAGCACCAGAAGGAAUCACACAAUAUUUUGAUAAUACAGGUGGUUUUGUUACUGAUGCAAUAUUUGAUAUUAUCAAAAGACAUGGUAAAAUAAUUAUUUGUGGUCAAAUUAGUACUUAUAAUAAUAGUGAAGAAGAUCCAUCAAAAAUUAACAUUUAUCCAAAUUAUUUAGCCAAAACAAUCUAUCGUGGUUUAUCAAUUUUAGGAUUUGUUGUUAGCGACUUUUUUGAUCGAAACGAAGAAGAGUUUUACAAAGAUAUGCCUGUUUGGUUAAAUGAAGGAACGAUUAAAUUUCAAGAAACAUUUGUCGAUGGAUUUGAAAACUUACCUCGAGCAUAUGAAAUGCUUUUUACUGGUGAAAAUAUUGGAAAAGUCGUUGUUAGAGUUUAG